CACUCCUCAGCCGGCGCUCCCUUGGCAGGCCGCCCCCUCCCCUUCGUCACCACCGCCGGCGCUCCUGGUCAGGCCGUCCCUCCCCUUCCUCACCAGCCCUGACGCUCCCUGGCAGGCCGCCCCUCCCAUUCGAAUCAGGUCGCGGAAGUGGCCGAUGUGGCCCUCGAGCUCGGCAUGCUCGCGCCGGCGCUUGACGCCGUUGGAUGCGGACGCGGAGGCGCGGGAUUCGCAGGCCCUACUCUACCCCGCUCCUUCGAAUCUGCCCCAGAAGUGCUCGAGCUCGGCAUGCUCGCCGAAGACGCCGGGCCCCUCCAUCCUCCUGAUGCCCUCGCCGUCGCCGCCAUGAACAUCUCCACCAUCUCCGGCGCAAUCGUCCGGGUCCAGAUAAUCUCUCUUCGACCCGCCAGCUGGUCCUCCUCGUCAAUUCGGUCGCCAGAUUUCCCAAAGGAGAAGGAGGAGGUGCCGAAAGAGGAUGGGAGCAACAAGUCUGAAUCGAAGAUAGAAUCAAUUUUCUUCACCCCACGGGAGAAGUUAGAAGAUGUAUUCUUGGGAGUUCCCAACGACUUUGAUGUAUGUUGGAACAGUGGGAUUCAAAUUUGGAGUAAUACAUCUAGCCCAGUUUUGCCAUGUAGAAGCACACUUUUAAAGUCAAGAUCCCCACAAGAUCAAAAUGGUAGAAGGUCUUGCGUGCUGGCGCUGCUUUUGAGCGUGGCGCAGAUGGACUGGAUCCUCGGCCACAUCGCCCUCAUCGUCAGCGCCUACAUCACCUACUACACCCCGUCCUCCUCUCCUACUGCUACCGCUGGCCGGAACCCGUCCACGGCAAACAGAACUACACUUGUACAUGCACGCCGUCCGCUCCUGUCUUGGGCCUAGAGAUGUAGCUAUGUGUGGCAUUGCACAGUACAAGAUUCUCUAUGCAUCACAGUUGCCACAGGCAUCAUGUAAAGCAGCUAGGUUACCGAUUGGCAUUCAAAGCAGCUAGGUUACCGGAUCGCCAGAUGACACACGCCGUGCCAACAUCGCAGAGGAAUUACAGACACCGGCGUCGAACACAAGGGAGAAUGCUAGCACAGCUUGAAGCAAUCGGUGCCCUGCAGCCAGCGUUCUCGUACCCCAUUAAUUCAUCUAUCUUGAGCUCUUGACAAGCCUAUAAUUCAAGGCUUGAUCUUUUUCCAUUCUACUAUACUGAAGACUUGAAUUCUUUUUGAUAAGCCAAUAAUUCAUGUAGUUUGAAUGCACUGAUAUUAUUUUUGUUUGGUUCAUGAACAUAAACAACCAUGCAUUCUAUAAAUAGGAAGUAUGAUUCAGGUGCCAAAA